AAGUUCUGAAUAGUUAUGUUGUUGCAUAUUUUAUUCAUUCAGACUUUCUUCUCCUACAGCUUUUGUUGUAUUGCUCCAGUUUUGGCUGCUAGAGUUUUAGGGAAGGUUGAACUUACACUCGGUCAAGAUAAAGAUGAUGGAACAGGAAAGUGGCCUUAUUUUGGUGCUACAGAAGCUGUGAAGUCAUGGGGGUCUGUUCAUCAUAAUAAGAAUGUUGAUGAGGUGGUUGUUGACAAGCGCAACCUGAUCGUUACUACUCCAGCGUUCAUGUAUGAUACCCCACUUUUUCAUCAGAUUUAUGAUGGGAUCGGUGAAAUGAUUAAAUCUCUGCUUGGACUAAUUGGAAAGAAAUGAGAUUGAAGGACAAAGAGUUUUAUAAAAUAAAUAAAUAACGAAAAAAAUUUCUAGGUUCAUUUACUGCUCGAUCAUGGUUGUUAAGUAAGCAGAAAAAUAAUUUUUGAAGACAAAUAGUGUUAAAUAUUGCUCAUAGAUGUCGGUUGAUAAUUAUUAAAUGCUGUUAACUGAAAGAAUCAAUAUUUUAUGUAAAUAAAUGGGCUUAAUUAUUACUAAUGAUAA